AUGAGCAGAUGGCGGCGGAUCGGGGCGGCGCGCGGAGGCUCCCGCGGGGCUCGCCAGCUGCUGCCGCUCUCGCAGCUGCCCCCGCUCCACGCCACCGACGGGCAGGCGUGCUUGCUCUCCGAGGCGCAGCGCGCGCGGCUCAUCGCCCAGCUUCCGCCCUCCCUCUCGCUGUGCGCCUGGGAGUUGCUGCACUCGACGGAGCGCGACGGCUGCUCGCUCGCCCUCGCGUACCGCAAGCUCGAGAAGGCCGGCCCGACGGUGCUGCUCGUGCUCGACGCUGCGGGGUGCGUGUUUGGCGGCUUCGCCUCCUCCUCGUGGCACGUCUCCUCGCACUACUUUGGGACGGGCGAGUCCUUCCUCUUUGCGGCGCGGCCCGAGUGGGCCGUCUACCCGUGGUCCGCCGCAAACUCGCACUUCCUGCUCGGCUCGCCCGACUCGAUCGGCUUUGGCGGCGGCGGCAGCUUCGGCCUCUGGCUGGACGAGUCGUUUGAGUUCGGCUCGAGCGGACGCUGUGACACCUUCGCCAACGAGCCGCUCGCGGCGUCGCGCGAUUUUCGCGUGAUCGCGUGCCAGUUUUGGGGCUUCAAUGCGAUGCACGAGAGUCCGCACUUGCCCCACGAGAGCAGCCCUACCUCACCGAUGCACGCAAUCGGCGAGCCGCCCCGCACCUCUCGGCACCUCUCGUGGUCCGGCGAUGGCUCGUCCGCGAGCCGCCGGCUGAUGCAAAGGACAUAG